AGGGAGUACGGCAGCGUGUUCUGCUAUCGCCUGAUCGGGAUCAGCUACAGGCUGGUGAUCACCGACGUCGAAUCUCUCAAGCGCGUUCUCAUCUCCAACCCCCGCGACUUUCACAAGCCUCAGACUGAGAUCCGGCUACUGCGCAAGAUCGUCGGGAAUGGUCUGCUGACAGUGGAUGGCGAUGACCAUGUGAGGCAUCGGAAGAUCAUCAGCGAGGCGUUCCACUUCGACGCUCUCAAGAACUUGUAUCCCAUCUUCACCUCCUCGACGGAGCGCAUCAUCCGCAGGUGGAAGCGGCAGGUGUCGUUGCAGAGCAACAAGGUGCACGAGAUCGAUCUCAAGUCCGAGAUGUCCUGCCUCACUCUGGACAUCAUCGGGCUGGCGGCCUUCGGCUAUGACUUCAAUGCUAUCGAGGGAAACAACUCGGAGCUCCGGCAGGCUUAUCUUGAGUUGACCCCGACGGCUGGGAGCUCGCUGUGGAUGUUCUUCUGCAGGACUUACCCUCUCCUGUACAUGCUCGACCUCCCCAGCUACUACCGGGAGCGACAAGCUGAGAAAGUCCUUCGGUCCACCGUCAAGAAGAUCGUGAGGGAGCGGAUGGCUCAAGGGGGUAACUGCAAGGACCUUCUGGGGCUGCUGAUCGAUGCUACGGACAACCAGGACCCAGACAGGAGGCUGUCGGAGGAGGAACUGAUCUUUAACGUGCAGACCUUCAUGGUUGCUGGGCACGAGACGACUGGCAACGCGCUCUCCUGGGCGAUCUACCUCUUGGCGGGCCACCGGGAGAAUCAGGAGAAGCUCCGUGCGGAGCUGUCGGGCAAGCUGCAAGGGCGGUGCCCGGCUGUGCAUGAGCUCAGCGACAAGCACCUCCCCUACCUCUUUGCGGUCAUGAAAGAGGUCCUCCGACUCUACCCCCCUGCCCCCAUCACCUUCCGAACGACCACCAAAGACGAGGUGAUCCAAGGCAAUCAAGUUGACAAGGGUACGAUCAUGGUAGUCUCCCCAUUCCUCCUAGGACGCUCCUUGGAGCUUUGGGAUCGUCCGGAUGACUUCUGGCCAGAGCGAUGGCUCCAGGCGUCUCCCACCAAGGACGACAAGCACCCCUUCUCUUGGAUUCCCUUCCUGGCAGGAGCUCGGCAGUGCAUUGGGAGGAACUUCGCAGAGAAAGAGUUCAUGGCUGUGCUGGCGCUGCUGGUGCAGAACUUUCGC